GUUACUGAGAGAGCAAUCAGAUUAAUUCACGAAAAUUACGGAUUUGAUCAUUAUUUAUUGAAGACACCAGCCUGCGAUCUGAGAUCUUUACUUGCUUUGAGACUGAAACGUCAGAUUCUUGUCGCACUAGCAGAUAAGACUUUAUAUCCUGAUGAUCCACAAAAGCGUACAGAGGUUUACACCAAGUACGAGCAAUAUCUUUCAGCGUAUACGAGAGAAGAAAUAGAAUGGUAUGGUUUAACGUACAAGGAAGCCUGUAAAAAGUGGAUCAAGUUAAACAAGACAGAACCACAGCCUUUGAAAAUCCAAUAUAGAUCAGAAUUAAUUGCUAAACUCAAAGAGAAUAAGAUUAAGGAAGCUGAAAACGUGGAUGUUGUAUUACCAAAGGAAACGUAUGUAUAUAUGCAUAUACUAUGUUACUAUU